AUGGCAGAAUCUAAACGGCCAGUGGGCCUUCUUUUUGACAUUGGCGGCGUGUGUGUCGUAUCGCCGUUCCAGGCUAUUCUCGACUAUGAGAUCUCCCAGAACAUUCCCUCGGGCUGGGUGAAUUUCAGCAUUUCCAGAACAAAGCCCAAUGGCAGCUGGCACAAGCUCGAACGAGGCGAUAUCCCGAUGGAUGCCGCCUUCUUCGCAGGCUUCAACAAAGAUCUAUGCAAUCCAAAUCUAUGGAAACAGUUCCAUGAGCAAUUACACAAAAAGAAAGGUCUCAUAGGGGAGGUUCCGAUUCCUCCACUUCCCAACGUGGAUGCGGAAUGGCUUUUCUGGGAGAUGAUGAGGAUAUCCCGUACACCCGAUCCAUAUAUGUUCCCGGCCUUGAAGAAGUUGAGAGCGUCUGGAAAGUAUCUUAUCGGUGCUCUGUCAAAUACAGUCAAGUUCCCCGAGGGGCAUCCAUACAACAAAGAUGUAUCCGGUGUGAGGUCACAGUUCGACUUCUUCAUUUCGUCUGCACACACGGGGCUGCGCAAACCUGACCCGAAGAUCUACGAGGUUGCUAUUCAGGAAAUGAACGCUCUAGCUAAGCAGCGUGGACUAUCGAAGGUUCAGCCUUCAGAUAUUGUCUUCCUCGACGACAUCGGUGAAAACCUAAAGGCGGCAAAGAACGCUGGCUUACGCACCGUCAAGGUUACGCUCGGGCAAGUCCAAGAGGCCGUGAAGGAGCUCGAGAAGAUUACUGGGCUUGAGUUGCUCGAGGGCGAGGGAAAAGCUCGACUAUGA